AUGAUGUGGCAUUACUGUUGGGCUCACAAUUCCUACCAUCUUAUCCGAUGGUUUCCGCAAAAUAACCGUGUCAAGAUAUUUAUUGUGAUGAUGUUGAUCACACUGGGAUUGUUGGUACCCCAGAUCUACAUCCUGUUACAGCCGACAACAUCGCGUUGGUGCGAGCAACCUCUUCUUCAGCUUCUCAUCGUCUCCAUUAUCUUCACAUUCAUUUCCAUUGGUUUUACCUUUUUGUUCAUGCUGAUGAUACCUGUACCUCGGGAGUUGAAGAUUGUGUUUCACAUAUUCGGGAUCAUGUGUUUUAUAGAAGGUCUGGUGGCAGUCGUGUAUACCUCCAGGGCUGGCAACUGUAAAUCUACGACAGAAGAAUUAUACUAUAUGUCUCUAGCGAUUGCUUGGUUCACUUGCGCCUCCAUAAUAUUUUUUGUGAUCAUGAUUCCCUUCUGGAUUAUCAACAUGGCGAAGCGUGACAGUUUGAUCGACCGUCGCACAAGACAAGGAGUUUGUUACGAACCUGUCAAGUGCUGCUCAUGUUUGUGGCAUAUCUGAUUGGUUUGUAACAUAUAGGGUGCUUUCCAGUCUGGAACUUAGGUCAGAAACGACUAGUACAUUUGGAAUCUGUAGAUGAAAAUAUGUUUCAUUUUUCAAACAUAUAUAUACCCAUUGUUGAUCAAUAGGUGAACCUUUAACUCAUUAGUACUUAACGUCCGUGGUAUUAUAUCGAUAUACAUGUAGUAUA